UGCUUGGAAGAGAAGUUGUAUUGUAAAGCGAAGAACAGAGAGAGAGAGAGAGAGAGAGAGAGAGAGAGAGAGAGAGAGAUAGAGAAUGGAGGAAGUAGCAAAGAGCAUAACCCACCAAAUUGGAGGUAUCCAGAACGAUGCUCUUCGCUUCGGGCUACAUGGUGUCAAGAGUGAAAUUGUUGAUUCCCACCCUCUUCAAUCUUCUCAAAAAUCUGCAAGUAGAGUUGAUGAGAUGAUGAAGAAGCAAUGUAUGGUGAAUUUGUAUGGAACUUCUUUUCCAUUGAAGAUGGACCUUCACACACAAAUACUAUCUCGAUUCCAGCGUCCUCCAGGUGCAAUUCCUUCUUCAAUGCUGGGUUUGGAGGCUUUCACAUGAAACCUUGAUGACUUUGGUUUUGAGCCUUUACUAUUGUUGUUGUAAUGAUAUGAACGUGCCUUUAUACUAUUGUUGUUGCUUAUUGUUUUUGCUAACAACCUUGUUGUUUGUGAUUGUUGGCGACAGACUCUCGUGAAUCAGAGACUAUACGACCAUUGGACAUGCAUAAUGGGAUGGAAGUUCGUAUUGGUCUAUCAAAGGGGCCAGUCUGCCCAAGUUUUAUAUAAGGAGAUGGCUAUAGGAACUUGCAUGUCUUUUCGUUAAAACUUGUAUUUUUCUAUGUUAGUCGAUUUGCAGAUUGUUAGUUGUUUUGACUUAGGUAUCUUCCUUUACAUCCAACAUAUCUUGCAUGCUUGGAAUGUCUUUUGUGCUUUAUCGAAUGACAAUUCAAAUUUUCCAUGUUCAAUUUCUAUCGACUUGUUUAAAAAGAAAAAUGCAUGGAAAAAGACUUUCCUGUUA